UCGGGCGGGGAGUCGCCGCCGCCGCCUGCCUGCUCGCCUUUCCUUCCUUCCUCCCGCCAGACAGCCAGCGCAGCGCAGCGAGCCGGGGCGGUAUGCCGAGGCAGGGCAUGUGCCAGGAUGAGUUCAGAAGACGCCGGCGGCAGCACCACCCCGUGCCCGGAGCAUGCAGCCUACGCGCUUCACGUUUACCCCCAGCUGUCGGCGGAGAGCGCCUCCUGCUGCAGGGUCACGGCCACUAAGGACGCCUCUGCCGCCGACGUCAUCAAGGAUGCGGUCGGCUCCUUGAAGCUGGACGCCUCUAAGCAUUACGUGCUCGUGGAGGUGAAGGAGUCGGGAGGGGAGGAGUGGGUGCUGGACGGGAACGAUGCCCCUGUCCACCGCGUCCUGCUGUGGCCGCGCCGGGCCCAGGACGAGCACCCUCAGCAGGACGGCUACUACUUCCUUUUGCAAGAGCGGAAUGCGGACGGGACCAUCAAGUACGUGCGCGCGCAGCGGGCCUCCGAGGAGGAGGCCGCGGAGCAGCAGCAGCAGGAGGAGGAGGAGGCGGCGCGGCGGCUGGUCGAGCGGGGCUUCCUUCCCUGGCAGCAGGAGGACUUCAACGACCUCUGCAACCUCCCCAACCUGACGGAGACCACUUUGCUGGCGAACCUGCGCCAGCGCUUCCUGAAGCAGAAGAUCUACACCUACGCGGGCAGCAUCCUCAUCGCUCUCAACCCCUUCAAGUUCCUGCCCAUCUACAACCCCAAGUACGUCCAGAUGUACGAGGGCCACCAGCUGGGCAAGUUGGAGCCCCACAUCUUCGCCAUCGCCGACGUGGCCUACCACGCCAUGCUGAAGAAGCGCGUCAACCAGUGCAUCGUCAUUUCGGGGGAGAGCGGCUCCGGGAAGACGCAGAGCACCAACUUCUUGAUCCACUGCCUCACUGCCCUGAGCCAGAAGGGUUAUGCCAGCGGAGUGGAGAGGACCAUUUUGGGAGCUGGACCCGUGCUGGAGGCCUUUGGCAACGCCAAGACAGCCCAUAAUAACAACUCCAGCCGCUUUGGGAAAUUCAUCCAGGUCAACUAUUUGGAAAGCGGCAUCGUCCGGGGGGCUGUGGUUGAAAAAUAUCUGCUCGAAAAGUCUCGCUUGGUAUCUCGGGAAAAAAACGAAAGGAACUACCAUGUGUUUUACUAUUUGCUGCUUGGCGUUAGCGAAGACGAGCGUAAGGAAUUCCACCUCAAGCAGCCUGAAGACUAUUUCUACCUCAACCAGCAUAACUUGAAAAUUGAGGACGGGGAAGAUCUCCAGCAUGACUUCGAACGGUUAAAACAAGCCAUGGAGAUGGUCGGUUUUCUUCCAGCGACGAAGAAACAGAUUUUUUCGAUGCUGUCUGCUAUUCUCUACCUGGGAAACGUCACUUACAAGAAGAGGGCAGCAGGUCGGGACGAGGGGCUGGAAGUGGGACCCCCGGAAGUGCUAGACAUCCUCUCACAGCUCCUGAAGGUGAAACGCGAAAUCUUAGUGGAAGUCUUGACGAAAAGAAAAACGGUGACCGUCAACGACAAGCUGAUCCUGCCGUACAGCCUCAGUGAGGCCGUCACAGCUCGUGACUCGAUGGCGAAGUCCCUGUACAGCGCGCUCUUUGACUGGAUAGUUCUGCGAAUUAACCACGCGCUGCUCAACAAGAAAGACAUGGAAGAGUCUGUUACGUGCUUGUCCAUCGGCGUCCUUGACAUCUUUGGCUUCGAGGACUUCAAAACCAACAGUUUUGAGCAGUUCUGCAUCAACUACGCGAACGAGCAGCUGCAGUAUUACUUCAACCAACACAUUUUCAAGCUCGAACAGGAGGAGUACCAGAGCGAAGGGAUUACGUGGCACAACAUCGACUACACGGACAACGUGGCCUGCAUCCAUUUGAUCAGCAAGAAACCGACCGGCCUCUUCUACCUGCUAGACGAAGAAAGCAACUUUCCGCACGCUACCAGCCAGACCCUUCUCGCCAAGUUCAAGCAGCAGCACGAAGACAACAAGUUCUUCAUCGGGACGCCGGUCCUGGAACCCGCCUUCAUCAUCCAGCACUUUGCAGGCAAAGUGAAAUACCAGAUCAAGGAUUUCCGAGAGAAGAACAUGGAUUACAUGCGGCCGGACAUCGUCGCCUUGCUGCGCAGCAGCGACAGCGCCUACGUGCGCGAGCUCAUUGGGAUGGACCCGGUGGCCGUCUUCCGGUGGGCCACGCUCCGCGCGGCCAUCCGAGCCAUGGCGGUCUUUGCCGAAGGCGGUCGGCAGAGAGCGCAGAAAACAGCCGGGGUGGUACGACACGGACCCCGGAUUCCCCUUGGAGAACUGCAGCAAGCCAACACGCCCAUCGAGAGAACUUAUCGGGACUUGCAUGAGCAAAUAGUCAGGAGCAUCAAGGGACUGCCCUGGCAGGGUGAAGAUCCCCGCAAGCUCCUGCAGUCGCUCAGCCGGUUCCAGCAGCCCCGUUGCCACUUCCUGAAGAGCAGAGGUACGAAGCAGAAGCAGGUCAUCCCAAAGAAUUUGCUGGACUCCAAAUCCUUGAAGCUCAUCGUGAGCAUGACGCUGCACGACCGGACCACGAAAUCCCUCCUGCACUUGCACAAGAAGAAGAAGCCGCCCAGCAUCAGCGCUCAGUUCCAGACGUCCCUCAACAAGUUGUUGGAGACCCUGGGGAAAGCCGAGCCGUUCUUCAUCCGCUGCAUCCGUUCCAACUCCGAGAAGAGGGAGCUGCUCUUUGACGAACGGCUGGUGCUGCAGCAGUUGAGAUACACCGGGAUGCUGGAGACCGUGAGGAUACGGCAGUCUGGCUACAGUGCCAAAUUCAACUUCCAGGAUUUUAUAGGCCAGUUCCAAGUGCUGCUGCCCAAGAAGGCCAAAGCCUCCAAGGAGGAGAUCGCCGCCCUGCUGGCCAAGCUCCGGCUGGACCCCCACAGCUACCAGAUUGGGAAGACCAAGGUGUUCAUGAAGGAGGCCGCGCGGCAGGUUCUCCAGGACACCCUGCACAAAGAAGUCAUCCGGAAGAUCGUGGCCCUCCAGAGCUGGCUGAGGAUGGUGCUGGAGAGGCGGCGCUUCCUCCGGACCCGGCAGGCCGCCGUCACCCUGCAGGCUUGCUGGCGUUCGUACCGGGUCCGGAGGACGCUCGAGAAGGAGAACGCUGCCGUCUACAUCCAGUCGGUGUGGCGCGGGUACAGGGAGCGGAACUCCUACCGGCAGCGGAGGGCGAGGGUUUGCCUCCUUCAGGCUCUGGUCCGGGGGCGCCUCCAGCGGAAGAGAUUUCGUCAAAUGGUGGCAGAUAAACAGCGCGAGGAGGAAAGGCAGCGGGCUCUCCGGCACGAGGAGGACAGGCUGACCCAGCCGGAGGGACCCGUCCCGGACCAGACGGCUGCAGAGCCUGAGGUGCGGCCGGAUCAGACGCCCGGGCUUGCGGUGGGGAACGAGGGCGGCGCAGAGAAUGCGCCGGCGGAGACGCAGCCUCCCCUCCCGCCUCAGAAGAGCAGCAGCAGCAGCCGGGAGAAGCGCGAAUCCCGGCGGCAGCGGGGCGUGAAGCACAACGCGCUGCAGAACCAGCACGCCGCCUUUGCCCUGGAGAGGCCGCCGGGAGCCCCCGGCCAGGAAGAGGGGCUCCUUCUGGAGAGGCCCGCGGAGGAGAAGAAAGAGGAAGGCCACGAGCAGGAGCCGUCCGUGGGGGAGGGUGGGGCUGCCCCUCCGGAACCGUUGCCCCAAAGCGCCGAGGAAGGAAGGGCGCAAGGAACAGGGGGCGGCGAUCCUCCUCCUCCUCCUCCGGGGAGCGGCGCUGCAGCGCAGGAUCCGCCCCCAGGACUGCGGCAGGCGGAAGGGGCCUCUCCAGAGGGCGGCCAGGGGCCAGGGAGGCCGGAGAGCGCCAGGCUUCGAGGCAGCCAGAGCUUCACGUGCCCUGAGAGGCCCUCGGAGCUGGCCCUGGGCGCCCCCGGCGGCCUCGCCGCCAGCCAGAGCUUCCGGAGCCAGCCGGGGGCAGCGAAGGAGCUGGGCAGCCCGUCCUCCAUCCAGAUCCAGCGGUACCAGGACGACCCCGAGAAGCUGCGGGACAAGCGCGAGCGCUGGAAAGGGCGGCGGCAGCAGGCCGGGGACGGGCUCGGCGGCGCCGGUGCCAACUCCCAGUCCUUGGAAGAGAAGAGCGAGACGGCCGGGCCUCCGCCCCUGCGCUUGAUAACGAAGCAGACGGCGUCUUCCGUGGACGACCUCCUCAGCCUCACGCUUUCCGCCUCCGCAAGCCAGCUGUCGCCAGAUGCGGGUGACGGGAAUCGCAAGAAACCGCUCGCCCUGAGGAAGUCCGAGGAGCCGCCUUCCGCUCUCGACGCGGCUGGCCCCGUGUGGAUCCCUGGCCAGCAGGUGGAUGCCAAAUCUGCCUUCAAGAGUCCCUUGCGGAGAAUCUUGCGGAAGAAACCAGACAAGAAGACCGCGAAGGAGGGGUCCGACCCGCCGGAGGAAGGCGAGACCUUCCCACUCUUCUCAUGCGUGAUGCCCAUGGAGACGGCGACAAUGACGGCGCAGAAGGCGGCAGAAGCUCCUUCCAGGCCUCCAAACCGGCCCCUGGCGGAGGAGCGCCCAGCCAAAGAAACCGGCAAAGCCAAGAGGACGCGCACGAUCAAGAUCAGCAAGGCCAAGACCGCGCCGGAGAAGUGGCGGGCCCCUUUCCCCAGCGAGAUCGCCAAUGCCAACGAGCUCAAGUACUUGGACGAGUUCCUGCUGAACAAGAUCAAUGAUCUUCACUCCCAGAAGUCCGCUAUCGAAUGCUUGUUCUUUGAAGCCACCGAGAAGUUCCGCGGAAACAUCAAAACCAUGUAUUCUGCCCCAAACGGGCAGAUCCACGUGGGCUACCGAGACCUGAUGGAGAACUACCAGCUCCUCGUGGUCAACAUGGCAAAGCAGAGGGAAGAGAAGGACGUGAAGCUGGUCUUGAAUCUCUUCCAGUCCCUUCUGGAUGAGUUUGCCCGCGGCUACGCCAAGAAGGAGGAAGCGGAGCUGCCCAAGCAAAGCAAGGCCCAAAAGAAGAAGAGGAAACAGGAGCGUGUGAUUGAGGAAAUCCACGGCCACGUGUUCGUGAGCUACCAGGUGAACAUCCUACAGUCCUGUGAGCAGUGCCCUUCCUUCAUCUGGCCCAUGGAGAAGGCCUGCCUGUGCCGCAUCUGUAAGCUGACCUGCCACAAGAAAUGUCUGUCCAGGAUCCAAAGCGGAUGCACGUCUUCGCCAGCAAAGAAGGGCGACCACGACCCGGAGCCCCGCCAUUUCGGGGUGUGCGUGAGCGCCUUGACCAGCGAGAAGAACUCCGUCCCUGUCGUCAUGGAGAAGCUGCUGGAAUACGUGGAGAUGCACGGCCUCUACACGGAAGGCAUCUACCGGAAGUCUGGCUCCGCGAACCGCAUGAGGGAGUUGAAGCAGUCCUUGCAGGCGGACCCAAACUCCGUGCCGCUGGAGAACUACCCCGUCCACACGAUCACCGGGAUCUUCAAGCAGUGGCUGAGGGAGCUGCCGGAUCCGCUCAUGACAUUCGCCCAGUACAACGACUUCCUCCGGGCAGUGGAGCUUCCAGGGAAGCAGGAGCAGCUGUGCGCCAUCUACAGCGUCCUCGAGCAGCUCCCGCGAGCCAACCACGACACCUUGGAGCGUCUCAUCUUCCACCUGGUCAAGGUCGCCCUGGUGGAAGACGUUAACCGGAUGUCCCCCAACGCUCUGGCCAUCGUCUUCGCCCCCUGCCUCCUGCGCUGCCCCGACAACUCCGACCCCCUCACCACCAUGAAGGACGUCUCCAAAACAACCACGUGCGUGGAGAUGAUCAUCAAGGAGCAGAUGCGGAAAUACAAGCUAAAGAUGGAUGAAAUUUGCCAGCUGGAGGCCGCCGAGAGCCUCGCCUUCCGGCGGCUUUCCUUGCUGCGGCAGAACACGCUGUGGCCUGUAAAACUGGGUUUUUCUUCUCCCCGCGAGGGAGCACGGAGCAAAGCCCCCCAGAGUGCGGGGGCAAACGGCACCCCCCCGCCCACCCUGGGCUUCCUGCCCGAGGAAGAGGAGCCAGACAACCGGGAGAAGGAGCUGCUGAUGGAACGGAUCCAGUCGAUCAAGGAGGAGAAGGAAGACAUCACGUACCGGCUGCCGGAGCUGGACCAGCGGGGCUCCGAUGAGGAGAACCUUGACUCCGAGACGUCGGCCAGCACCGAGAGCCUGCUGGAGGAGCGCGUGGGGGGCCAAGACCCCGGAGGGAGCGACCCACCUCCCUCCCGGGGCCUCAGUCCCUCCGCCAAAGAUGUGACUGGACCCCCCAACGUCCCGUUGCCACCGGCCACGGCAAACCCUCCUCCUCCCGCCACCGUCGCCACGAGGUGCGGCGCGUCCUCUGCGCUGCUGCUGAAGGGGAAGCAGCUGCAGCGAGCCCCGGUGGACGGCAAGCCCCAGACGGCCCCCUCUGGGUUGGACAGCUGACAUCAGCCCAGCCCGGCCCACGCCGAGACGGGGCGGCGUCUCCCGAGGACGAGGUGGCCGUGGCGAAGCUUCAGGAGCCGUUCGAAGUGAACGGGCCGGGUGGUCUGCUGCAAAUGGGUCACUGGCAGGCCCUGCCCAGGAGCAACAGAUCCCGACCUUUCUCAGACGAGUCCAUCGCUCAAACGCCGCCUUGCUGCUCGACAGGAAGGAACGGCCGCUGUCGGGCCGGGGCUUUUGAGCGCCGCUCCGCCUAGAAAAGCUUUGGCACUUCUCCGGGCUGCCGGAACCCCAGCUCUGCCUUGCGGUAAGCGGCGGCAGCCCCGGACCAUCCCGCCCUCUCGGCAUUCCCUGGCUCGUGCCUUCCCUGCCUCGGCUCGCAACGGGCUCCGAUGGGACUGGAAAGAGGAGAAGGCCCGCCGUACGUUUCUGCUUUAAAAUCUGUUUUCACGACGACUUUCCACGUGGUUUACAAGAACUUUUAAGUGUUUUGUAACAACCGUUUAAUGGAGACCAAAAAAAUGUAUCGAUGUUGUUUAUAUAUUAAAACAGUGCACUUUUUUGGGGGAA